GAUUUUUUCUCUUGCUGUCGGGAAAUGUCAAAAAUUAAAUUAGAGAUAAUAAUUAUAUUUGAAGACGCUAUUCAAGCUUCAAUUCGUCGUUUUUAGUUUUUUUACUAGCAUAAAAGCAUUUGUUUUUCAAGCGUACAACGGUGAUAGCACAGGACACCAAUUUUGGCUAAAUUACUACCUUUGUUUUAUUUGUCGUUCUUUUGUUGACCUUUUAAAGCAGGAAGUUUGCAUACAAUCCACCUAGUGCAUUCGAAGCAGGACAGCAGCUCCUUCUUACGUGGGAAAAGAAUACCAAAAAAGUGGAACAUAAAUCCAAAUACUUCGUUGGGCUGCCACAGCGGUGGAUAUACAUGAUUUAACAUUUUCCAUUUGGAGUUGUUGAGUUAAAUUUGCAAAAAUUCUUCGUAAAAUCAAAGCAACAUUACAGCAUCGUAAGAACAAAUCGCGAUUAAAAUCUCAAAUUCCAGUUGAACAAAAAGCAACAACACAGUCGGAGAACACUGCAGCAUCAUCUACCAACACGGAUUUACAUUUAGGACAAUCAAAAAGUAACAGUACGGCCGGGAGUAGAAACAGCAGCUCGCAUCCGUACGUAUUAUUCGAGGAUAAUCGAAGAGUACCACCAGAUUCAACAGCAUAUCACGAUCUAAACGCCACCACAGAGAGAACCUAUUUCAACGAUAGCAGCGGUGGUGUUAGAGCAACAAUGGAAACAAAUCUAAAUAAGGUGCUAAAUCAAGGAGUACGCCAUCAGCUUAAUGGGCUGUUAUGCAAAUACACCAAUGUGAUGAAAGGUUGGCAGUACCGCUGGUUUGCUGUGGAUCCCCAAAGCGGCAUAUUAAGCUAUUAUCUGUCGGACAGUACUUCGGCAGGCGAUGAUGUCCCCCCUCCAGCCCAUGUCUUAAGCAGUUCUCCUCGAGGCCAGGUUCAUUUGGCAGGCGCUGUGGUGUGUCCAAGUGACGAAGAUUCUCGUACAUUCUCCAUUGGAUGUGCUUCCGGUGAUACAAUAAAACUCCGAGCUGCUGAUGCCCGAGCUCGCCAAGAAUGGGUUGAUGGCCUAAGGGCUGUGGUGGAAAGUCAUACCAAGGCCAUGGAUAUAAGUAACUCAACACCUCUGCCACCGCGAGAAUUAUUGGCUGCCUCAGAUGCUAUGGCAUCUGCCAGGCAGGCUCUAUACUUGACUGAACAAUGCAAUGCAUCCUUGGCGCGUGCCAUUGAAAAUAUCGAAUGUGAGACCUUUUCACCAACAGAUCCUGAUCUUUUGUUAAUGAAAGCAAUAUCCACCGCCAGUACACAAUGCCUUCAUCAGUGCCUGAGUCUGUUACAACGCCACCAAGAGAUAAACACUCCGCAUUCGGAGACGACUAGCGUUAAUUAAGACAGUCUUGCUUGUUUUUGCAGGAUGGAUAUUCAAAAACAAACACACACACACAUACACACAUUGUACAUGCAUGCAUGGCCAACUUUUGGCCCACCUUCCCCAAAAAAUGACUUAUUUACAUUGAUUUAUUGUGUUUAUUGUUAAAUCUUUCUAAUGUUAAAGAAAAUAUUCUGUCUAUUGCACAGUUGAUUUUUUUCUCUCUCUCUCUCUCCCUUUCUGCGAUAAAACCCCCCCCAAUAACAAUUUGUACAGCCAAUAUGCUCACAUUUACCCUGCAACCUAAUAUCCCAAUGCAAUAAAUACCCAAUAGCCAUUCCGCCGUUUAAUCCAUAACCAAUUAUCCAACAAAAAAAAAAGCAAUACGCUUUAAGCGCGUAAUAUUUGACAAGUUUAUACAACAAUAUUGCCCCAACAAAUUUAUGUCUAUUGCAGAAAUCUAAAUAAAUGAAUUGUAUAAAUUGUCCCCUUAUUAAUUUCUUUAUAACAUAAA